UAUGGAAGGAAUCGUCAGUACCAGCAGUGGCGGUGGCGAUGGCGGUGCGUCUGCUACGCUCUUGGUGCGUCAUCUCCCUGCGCUUCCUCCACAGACUCUCAAGAGUUUGUUCACGCACUAUGGAGCUCUGGAUCUUCGACUCUGUCAAGCUGGGAGGCUAAAGAACUGCGCGUUUCUCGAUUUCCCUGACGAUGCCUCGGCAGCCAGAGCACAAUCGCAGCUCCAUCGGGUGCGUUUUCUUGGCAAGACUCUGACGGCCGAGAAAUCUCGUGCUCCAGGGGAAGACGACGCCACCAAGAAGUCGAGCAAAGCUUUUCGAAAAUCACCCGAUAAGAGUUUUCUUCCGCGAUCGCAUUCGUCUGCAGAUCCAGUAACCGGCUCAUUCGUGCGUGAACCAAUUGCACCAUCUCUUGGCGUCGACUAUCCUUUUCCACCGCACCUAGAAUAUGCUUAUCCUCCACCGGAUGACAACAUCUUAAGCAACAUUUCUAGUGCUCUGAUCGCUGUUCCAAGUUUUUACACACAGGUGCUACACCUGAUGAACAAGAUGAACUUGCCGGCUCCAUUCCGUCCAGCGGUCCCUAAGCCACCGCUUCCGUGCGCCGCUGGUGCUCAGGAGCGUCCUCUAGAUCUCGCGAGUGACGAGUCGGAGCUGGAAUCUUCAGAAGAAGAGGACAAUGAAGAAGGUAGAAAGAAGAAAAGAAGACGAAAGGAAGUGAUUCUGGGUCCAGCAACAGCAAAGGAUGCUUCUCAUGAGGCUGCAGGUGUGAAGCCAGUCACGGAUCCCUCCAAAGCCGUGACAUCGAUCAAGAAGAAACAGCCUGUUAUUCAGAUCAAAAUUCCUCCCAAAGUGGAAGAGAAAACCAAAGUAGAAGAAAAGCACGAAGAAGUCAGCCAAGAUAAGAGAUUUGCGACUAGGGAGGAGCUAGAGAAAGGAAAGCUCUCACUUGGAGAAGUUGCCAGCCAUCCCGUGUUUAAGAACUACUCGCGUGGAACUCCUUCUCCUGUUCUGUAUAUAAAAAAUCUCGAAAAGGAAGUCGUUCUUGAAGAUCUCCACUACGUUUUCGGUGCUUUCUUUCCAAGUUAUGAAGAGGCACAAGCUGGACUGAAUGUGAAGUUGAUGCAAGUAAGAAACUUUCUCAAGGAUUUGCUCCAUGUACUCAUUGGAUUCGCAAAUCUAACAGGAAGGUCGCAUGAAAGGCCAAGCGUUUGUGCGAUUUCCCUCUGCAGAAAUUGCGGGAGAUGCUCUGUUUCAUUGCCAGGCUGGUGUUCAUUCGUUUGUGCUGAAAGGCAAACCGAUGGUUAUACAAUACGGUCGAAACAAGUAAGACUUCGCUUGCUACAUUGAAAGCUCAAACUUCGCAGAAGAUGUUCCUGA